UGGGGAUGCUCAUUCGAAGCCAGCAUCUUCCAGGUUCUUCAAGACCCAGUCAUGAACUGCGAAUUGUCAGACACCAUCUUGUGAAAGACAAUUCAUGUUCCCUGGGCCAAGAAAGAAUGCUGGUCUUUUUGUUCAUCAUUUGGUCAUGUCCGCUGUCGGGGCGACAGCCUAGCGCGUUCCUCCAACUUUCGAUGUUGACGUCGUUGAUCUUGCACCAAACGCCAGACCCUGAGAAAUAUUGGUCGGGUUCUGGAAAUCCGCUCGUCAAUCCCUAAAUCACCAAUUAUUCGUCGUUGAAAUCAGUUCUCUUCAGCCUUUCGCUUGGUCAAUCAGAGUGCCAGAUCUGAUUGAUGUCCACCUCAACCAGCGCGGAUGCUGCGGACAUAUCCUUGGCUGCCGCUUUCGCGGCACUGAGUGUUGAAUUUGUAGUGCACCCAUUCGAUACUCUCAUCACACGUAUUCAAUCCCCCGAAUAUGUACCAAAAUACAGGAGUCACGAGGGCAAACUCCAGCCGGCCCUCUUCCGAGGCCUUUAUCGUGGUUUGACGCCAACCGUCGUAACGACCAUCCCGGCCUCCGUCACUUUCUUCACCAUCUACGAAACGGCAAAGUCUGCUCUUCAACCGAAAGGGGGUCUCAAGCCGGGGAGUCUGUCACAAACAGCUGUUCAUGCCGCCAGCAGCGCGUUGGCUGAUAUGGUCGCCUGCGCCAUCAUCAACCCGUCGGAAGUCCUCAAACAGAACGCGCAAGUUGCGAGAUUCUCAGAGGGUGGCGUCCAACGCAACCCCAUGUUGGCCUCGCUCAAGCACUUCGCACGGCAUCCUCUGAAACUAUGGACAGGAUAUACGGUCUUGGUAGCUGGGAAUCUGCCACGUACCAGUCUCACAUUCUCCAUUUACGAGUAUCUGAAAGGCGCCUGGCUCCGGAGGUCGAAGAAGUCCGAGAGCAUAGCGGAACAAGUCAAAAUCAGCGGAAUCACCGCCGGUAUCGGCGGCUCAAUAGCCUCGCUUCUCUUUGUUCCAAUUGACGUCGUGAAAACCAGGAUGCGGUUGCCGGAAGUUGCUCCUCCCAGCCAUCUUUUACAGCCAGAAGCACUGUUCACGUCUUCGCUAAGCCGUGAGAAAGCUAGAAAGCCCGCCGCGAGAGGCCCCGUUUCCAUUGCCAAGGGCAUCUUGAUAAGAGAUGGAAUUUCAGGGCUGUUCAGAGGGGCAACCGUCACUUGUAUAGCAGCUGCUGUGGGGAACGGAUUGUUCUUGGGUUGUUAUGAAGGACUCAAGUUGCACUAUGCCCGUGAAGCUUCAAAGAGAAUGGGCGGUGUACGGUUCUUGAAGAAGGAUUUCAAUUCAGCUUUAGGGAUAAAUCACGAACAAGAGAUCUUCUUAUUCUCAGUUUUUGGAGAACGCUUGGAUGAACCGGAAAAAGCACAUCAUGCGUCUACAGAGAAUUUGUCGGCAGGAAGCCGAACCUCUGGUGACGGCAAAAUGCUGAAGCCCAUCAAAAAGCUUGAUGCUCUCAUUUCACACUUAAAUCGACUGAUGCAUACCCGGGAGAGCCAUGAUGCUCUGAUCCUCUUUCUGGCCUACGCAGCACAUUUCCUGGCGACGGCACUCGAAACACCGAUUCCUGAGAGGCUUAAAAGUUGGGUUUUCGAAUGCAGCAAAAUCUUACUGAGGAUUGUACCGCCAAGACUUUUGUCACUCUUAUCAACUUCCAAGUAUUCACCAGCGAUAAGGUCGUUGUCCGCCAACAAAACUCUGGUCGCCGAGCGAUUCAGGGCAUUGUCGGAUAUUCUAGACGACUGGCAGAUCAUUACCAGAUUAUGGGGCUUGUUGGCGACAUGGACGGAUGCAAAAGAAUUUCUGACCAGUUUCACAUCCGAGAACGAGAGCGAGGGAAAGAAAAGCAACCCACGAAGAUAUCUUGUUCAGAAAGCCAUAAGAGCUACAUAUAUCAUGGGACUCUUUGGUUACUAUGGCUUGGAAAACCUGGCGUGGCUUACAAGACGCGGCGUUUUCAAGUGGACAGACAAGACCGAGUCAAAGCUCAUGGUCUGGUCUCUCAAGGCUUGGGGUGUCUACGUGAUGUCGGAGAUGGCACAACUGCUAUAUGACCGAUCGGAAAGCAAGCGUAUCGGAGAGGAGCAAGAUGAAGAGACAAGGGCAGAAUGGCGGAGGAAAUUUGUUCAGGUUCUGCUUUAUGGCCCAUUGACGGUUCAUUGGAUACGAGAAGGGGGACUGUUUCCGGAGACGAUAGCUUCCUUCUUGGCGGCUUAUACAGAAUUCAUAACGGUCAGGGGAUUAUGGAAAGAAACUGCUGAGAUUUGA